GGGGUUGGCCUAGGGGGUCCGGGGUGGCAGGAAAGGAGGAAGAUGGCGGGGUGCAGGGGGUCUGUGUGCUGCUGCUGCAGGUGGUGCUGCUGCUGCGGUGAACGCGAGAGCCGCACGCCCGAGGAGCUGACCAUCCUCGGGGAAACACAGGAAGAGGAGGAUGAGAUCCUUCCAAGGAAAGACUAUGAGAGUCUGGACUAUGACCGCUGCAUCAAUGACCCUUACCUGGAGGUAUUGGAGACCAUGGAUAAUAAGAAAGGGCGAAGAUACGAGGCGGUGAAGUGGAUGGUGGUGUUUGCCAUUGGCGUCUGCACUGGGCUGGUGGGUCUCUUUGUGGACUUCUCCGUGCGGCUCUUCACCCAACUCAAGUUCGGAGUGGUUCAAACCUCGGUGGAAGAAUGCAGUCAGAAAGGCUGCCUGGCCCUGUCCCUCCUUGAACUCCUGGGUUUUAACUUGACCUUCGUCUUCCUGGCAAGUCUUCUUGUCUUGAUAGAGCCAGUGGCAGCAGGUUCUGGAAUCCCUGAGAUCAAGUGCUAUCUGAAUGGUGUGAAGGUGCCAGGAAUUGUCCGGCUCCGGACCCUGCUCUGCAAAGUCUUUGGGGUGCUGUUCAGUGUGGCUGGAGGGCUCUUUGUGGGGAAAGAAGGCCCCAUGAUCCACAGUGGUGCUGUGGUAGGAGCUGGCCUCCCUCAGUUUCAGAGCAUCUCCUUACGGAAGAUCCAGUUCAACUUCCCCUACUUCCGCAGUGACAGAGACAAGCGAGACUUUGUAUCAGCAGGGGCGGCUGCUGGAGUUGCUGCAGCUUUUGGGGCCCCCAUAGGGGGUACCUUGUUCAGUCUGGAGGAGGGCUCGUCCUUCUGGAACCAGGGGCUCACGUGGAAAGUGCUCUUCUGUUCCAUGUCUGCCGCCUUCACCCUCAACUUCUUCCGUUCUGGGAUUCAGUUUGGAAGUUGGGGCUCCUUCCAGCUGCCCGGAUUGCUGAACUUCGGUGAAUUUAAGUGCUCUGACUCUGAUAAAAAAUGUCAUCUCUGGACAGCUCUGGAUUUGGGUUUCUUCAUCGUGAUGGGGGUCAUUGGGGGCCUCCUGGGAGCCACAUUCAACUGUCUGAACAAGAGGCUUGCAAAGUAUCGUAUGCGCAACGUGCACCCGAAACCUAAGCUCGUCAGAGUCUUAGAGAGCCUCUUGGUGUCCCUGGUGACCACUGUGGUGGUGUUUGUGGCCUCCAUGGUGUUAGGAGAGUGCCGACAGAUGUCUUCUGCGAGUCAAACUGGUAAUGGCUCGUUCCAGCUCCAGGCCACAUCAGAAGAUGUGAAUUCAACCAUCAAGACGUUUUUCUGUCCCAAUGAUACCUACAAUGACAUGGCCACGCUCUUCUUCAACUCCCAGGAGUCUGCCAUCUUGCAGCUCUUCCACCAGGAUGGGACUUUCAGCCCCGUCACCUUGGCCUUAUUCUUCGUCCUCUAUUUCCUGCUGGCGUGCUGGACUUUCGGCACCUCUGUCCCCAGUGGCCUCUUCGUGCCUUCUCUGCUGUGUGGAGCAGCCUUUGGACGUUUAGUUGCCAACAUCUUGAAAAGCUACAUAGGACUGGGCCACAUCUAUUCCGGGACCUUUGCCCUAAUCGGUGCGGCGGCUUUCUUGGGUGGGGUUGUGAGAAUGACCAUCAGUCUCACAGUCAUCCUGAUCGAGUCUACCAAUGAGAUCACAUACGGACUUCCCAUUAUGAUCACUCUGAUGGUGGCCAAGUGGACGGGAGACUUUUUCAAUAAGGGCAUUUAUGACAUCCACAUCGGCCUGCGAGGUGUGCCUCUUCUGGAGUGGGAGACAGAGGUGGAAAUGGACAAGCUGAGAGCCAGUGACAUCAUGGAGCCCAACCUGACGUACGUCUACCCACACACUCGCAUCCAGUCUCUGGUGAGCAUCCUGCGCACCACCGUCCACCACGCCUUCCCAGUGGUCACAGAGAACCGGGGCAAUGAGAAGGAGUUCAUGAAGGGCAACCAGCUCAUCAGCAACAACAUCAAGUUCAAGAAAUCCAGUAUCCUUACCCGUGCUGGUGAGCAGCGCAAGCGGGGCCAGUCCAUGAAGUCUUACCCUUCCAGUGAGCUUCGAAAUGUGUGUGAUGAGCAUGUGGCCUCAGAGGAGCCGGCAGAGAAGGAGGACCUGCUGCAGCAGAUGCUGGAGAGGAGAUACACUCCCUACCCCAACCUAUACCCUGACCAGUCCCCAAGUGAAGACUGGACCAUGGAGGAGCGCUUCCGUCCGCUGACCUUCCACGGCCUUGUCCUGCGCUCGCAGCUCGUCACCCUGCUUGUCCGAGGAGUGUGUUAUUCCGAAAGUCAGUCUAGUGCCAGCCAGCCACGCCUUUCUUAUGCUGAGAUGGCCGAGGACUAUCCAAGGUAUCCAGACAUACAUGACCUGGAUCUCACACUGCUGAAUCCCCGGAUGAUUGUGGAUGUCACCCCAUAUAUGAACCCUUCACCAUUCACUGUCUCCCCCAACACCCAUGUUUCCCAAGUUUUCAACCUGUUCAGAACCAUGGGCCUGCGCCACUUGCCUGUGGUGAAUGCAGUGGGGGAGAUCGUGGGGAUCAUCACACGACACAACUUGACAUAUGAGUUCCUGCAGGCCCGGCUUCGGCAGCAUUACCAGACCCUCUGACAGUUGAGCCCGGCUGCCGGCUGCCAGCCCACUCUCCCAGAGAUGCCUCUGCAGGUGGCUUGCUCACGCUCUGGCCCCACGGCUGGCAUGAAGGCUCCUAGUCACCCACUUGCCCGGAGUCCUGGAAGAUUGGAGUCAGAGGUUUUGGGGAUGUGUUGAGCAGAAAGUUGGAGUUUUACUAACUUCCUCAGCAAGAAUUUUCUGUUUCUUGUUCCCCAGGCUCCCCUAGAGACGUCAGGGUGAAGUCAGGCUAGGUCCUGGGUAGACACUUGGUGUUUCUCUGUUGCUGUUUCUCAGCGAGCCCAGCUGUUGCCCGGACCCUUCUGGGAAGGGUGUGGACGGAGGCAAACAUUGGGGAUGUUAUUUGCAUAUCACGUUCAUUACUAAGUUCCAGAAUUGGGCCCUGAGAACUGUUGCCCAUGUUUGGAGAGGCCCAGGAUCAAACCCAGGACCUCAGAUAUACUAGAGCUCUGUCCUCUUCAUUGGCCUAUCAUCUUUCUGUUCCCUAGGAGCGAGCACGUGCUCUGCUCUUGCCCUGUGGCCUGAGUCAGACCCACAGAGCACUAAAACCCCAGUUCUCCCCUCGCUGGAAGCGUUCAGUAGCCCCAUUCACCAGUUCCACCUGGUCUCCCGGGAACACAUGCCCUCUACCCAUUCUCAGUUCAUUCCUCCACACAACUACUGGACUUUCUAAGCCUUCAUCUCUCGUCCUGGUGGUGCAGACACAGCUUUGUCUCGGACUCAUUCCCAAAGUUAACCAAAAUUGAGGAGCCCCUAGACAGAACCGCUACCCCAAGCCCUAGUGAAUUUGGAAUCGCUCUACCAGCUGGCAAACAGGCUGUCGUGAGCCAGGGCCAGUCAAAGGUUCAGUUCCUCUCAUGGUCACUGCUCACACCCUGCUCCCGCGCCACUCCCCAGUCAGCUCUCUUACUGAGGACUUGAAGAGGAACUUGUGCAGCUGCUGGUCUUAGGGCUGGGGAGGGAGUGGGAUGCUCUUGCCCCUUGUCCCUCACUGGUUUUUCAUGGCUUCAUUCUCCCCUGGCUGCUGGUCCUCUGAGUUGGCAUCUCAGUGAACAUCAGGUAGAGACACCAGCACUCAUUUUCCUGCAACCUAGGCCCAUGGUAGGUGUUCUUUGGAUACCAGGUGACAUUCAUUUGUAUUCCAUGCUGGUUUUUUCUUUGUUUUUUGAGACAGGGUCUCUCUGUGUAGCCCUCACUGUCCUAGAACUCACUCUGUAGACCAGGCUGGCCUUGAACUCGGAGAUUCACCUGCCUCUGCCUUGUAAGUGCUGGAAUUAAAGGUGUCCGCCCGCCAUCACCACAUGGCACAUUAAUAUACUUUUAAAUCGUGGAAGUUGCUGGAGAGAAUGCAUGCCAGGGCCUGGCCUCUAUCACUGGGGCCUCUGGACCCGGCAGAGUCUUCUGAUCAGCACUUGGGAAAUUGUUCCACGACCUCGGUCAGGGUUACCUUGAAUCUUUACAGCUGACUGCGACCCUGGCCCUCUUCCCUAUUUGCUUAUUACCAGAACAAUCUGUUUUUCAGAUUCUGACUUGUGAAGUGGGGGUAGGGAUUGAAACUCCCAACAAGUAGUUGGAAAUAGCCCUGCUAAGCAGGGUUGUGUUUGGCCGGCUGCCUGCUUCAUUUUAUGGCUGACUUGAGUGCCUGCCCUACGGUAUUCUCCUUCAAGAAGGAAACCAGUUGCCCACACCAAGAGAAAAGCAUGACACACCACAGAAUCGUCUUCCCAGCCUGGUGGGUUUGUAGAAUAGCAGCCUUCAAGGACCUGAGUCCACAGCUUCCUGCCUCCAAGCCAGCCCUGGUGACCGGUUGCAGUUGGUCCGUCCUAUGUGUGUGUUGAGUCACCAUCAGUUUAGCCUAGAAUAGACAGGGUGUAGAUACUUCUACCCUACAGCUUGAGCCCAUGCCUGUCUAGGACACUCAGUUCCUGGUCCCUCUUCCUAAACCUGCCUAUCCAGAAAAGCCCAAAGACAACAGCUUUGCCGCUUGUGAACUCUUAACUGUAAGCCCUGGACUCCGUCCCCCAUGGCUUAUCCCUUGGAACCAGCAGCUCAGUAUCUCACCUGCCACAGUUCCGUGGCCUCCCCCAGUGUCACAGGACCUUGUCAAACACAGCUCCACAGAGGGACACCUGAGGUUGUCUCCAGGCAUUUUUCCUGGCUUGUUUCUGCACCUGGGCAUUUGUGUGGCUGCCUGGUCCUGCUGUGGGAGUUUGGUAUUUUAUGAGCUGUCUGCAUGUGACCUUGUUAGGCAGUUCCAGCCGGAAUGGACAUUAGCUUGACUCAGCCAGCCAUGUGACAGUUUGAUGUAGACCUUGGUGACAAGAAAGCUUCCGGAAAAGCCAGCCCAGCCCUCCUGGCCGGGCCAUGUUGACAUGCAGUGUUGCCCUGGGUUCCUGUGGACCUCGGUGACUCUCCAGUCCCAGCUUCCGCCUUUCUGUUUGCACUGUUUGUUUAUAUGGUAACAUUAGCUGAUUCCACUGUGUAGAUAAAUUGUAUCUUUUUUAAUUUGUAAAAGUCUAUUUUUAUUUGACCCUUUGGAAGGUGGAAGUUCUGUGGUAACUUUAAGAAGUCAGAAUAAAAUGUCUGCACCUUCUCCGUA